AACCAGACGGCUUGAAGGCGUGCAUGGUUGCGUCACGUGACUGCCUCGCUUCAAGAUGGCGGCUGUGAAGGGGAGUAGUGAGAGAUCAGGUGGGCUGGAUUGCAUUCUGGAGCCUCUGUGCUUUCCUGAGCAGCGGCCUGCUAGCAUCUCCUCAACGGACGACGGCUGCCCAGUGUGCUGUGUCCUGUGCCCACACACGGCUCCUCUCUCGGAUAAAGACCAGCUCCUAAAGCACCUGCUGCUGGAGCACAAGCUGGUCAUCGCUGACAUCAAACUUGUUGCUGACUUCCCAAAGUACAUGCUUUACUGGAAGAAACGGUUUAUGGAGCAGCCCAUCACAGAUUUCUGCAGCGUCAUCAAGACCAACUCUAAAGGACCUGCCGAGCUGCAGGAGUACUACUUCCUCCUGUGUGACGUCCUUCCAGAGGACCGCAUCCUUCGAGAGAAUCUCCAGCAGAAACGACUGGAGGAAGUUCUUGAACAGCAGCAGAAGGAAAGAGAUGAUACCAGCUUUCAGCGGACCUGCAUGUUCUGUAGUGAAGAAUGUACCGGAAACAGGUCUGUGCUUCUCAAUCACAUGGCCAGAGAGCAUUCGUUCAGCAUCGGCCUUCCAGACAACAUCGUCUACUGCACACAGUUCCUCGAUACGCUGGAAAAAAAACUGGACAAUAUGCAGUGUUUGUAUUGUGAGAAAAUCUUCCGAGACAAGACCACCUUGAAAGAUCACAUGAGAAAGAAACAACACCGACGCAUCAACGGGAGCAAUCACGAGUACGAUCGCUUCUAUGUCAUCAAUUACUUGGAGCUGGGGAAGACCUGGGAGGAAGUGCAGUCUGAGGAUGACCGGGAACUCCUGGAGGAUGAAGAUGAUGACUGGUCUGAUUGGCAGGCUCACCCGGUGUGUGCUGUGUGUCUGUUCUGCGAGCAGCAGGAGGAAACCAUGGACCAGAUUUACUCUCACAUGCAGGAAGCUCAUCAAUUUGAUCUCCAUAAAUUAAAAACAGAUCUCAACCUGAAGUUUUACCAGCAAGUCAAACUCGUGAACUACAUCCGCCGUGAGCUCCACCAGUGCCGCUGUUACGGCUGCCAGAGGAAGUUCGGAACCAAAGAGGAAGUGGUGCGGCACCUAAAGGAGGCCGGUCAUGUGACGCAGCUUCCGGACAGCACACACUGGGACCAACCACAGUACUAUUUCCCGACGUACGAGAACGACGCCCUCCUUACAGCUCUGUCCGACAGUGAGGGCGAGUGUGAUGGAGCCGAACAGAACUCGGACAUCCCAGUGUUCGCCGAGGACAUCUCCAGCCUGAAGGCCUUAAAGCAGACCAGUGUGCUGAACAAACUCCUCAAGAACGGAGGCAGUGCCAACUAAAAUCCUCCCCAGUACACUUCACUAAUGUGGUUUCUCAUACACACUCGACUUUUUUUUUCUUUUCUUUUUUCUUUUUUUUUACAGGACUUCAGUUAAAAAUACCUCUUGAUUUGUGUACAUUUCACUAAGAAAUUUACUUUACAAUGUUAUUUAAUUUGUAUUAAAAAUAACAUUUAUUUCCCAAUUGUUGCAAGUGUAAAAAAAAGUCAUUUAAGAGCGUUCGAAGUGUGCGUUUUACAUUUGCAAUACAGCUGUAUGUUACAUAAUUGGCUUUGGAUGCAAAGUUCAAAUUUACAUUCAGCACCCUGUUUUGUUUUCAGGCCUAAAGUAAUAUAAUAUACUAAUGAAUUGUAAGUCAGUUUAUUGCACAUUUUUCGUUUUGUGACAUUUACACACAAAAGUGUAAUAAGUUAUACACCUAUUUUAUGCCUAAUUAAAAAAAAACUUUAUUCAGAUA